GACAUCUCCCCGACGGCCGUGUCGGACGAGGCUGGCUACGUCUACGUUGAGGACCCGGUGCCCGUCAACAAGGAGAAGUCACUACCCGCUACGCCUGCCAUGAAGGCUGGUUACGCCUCUCCAAGCGAGAAUAUGCCCGGAUAUUUCGAUGGUACACUUAUCGAGACGGUUGUGUCGCCUGGCAACGGCCUCGGAAGGAAGACCAGUUUGCUGAGGAAGGUGAAGGGUGUAGUGAAGGGAGCCAAGCAAUGA